GGGCAUCCCAGGCAGGGGCCAGCGCAGCCAGAGGGCAGCAUCAGGCGUGCUGGAGGCCUUGUCUUCUCCUGACAGCCCGACGGCACCCGUGUUCCCAUGGAGGUUGUGCUGAUGCAGACGGUGGGCUCUGGCUGCCAGUACAUCAUCCAGCUCCUCGACUGCUUUGAGCUGCCUGACAGCUUCGUACUGGUCAUGGAGCGUCCGGAGAACUCGCAGGAUCUCUUGCACCUCCUGCUGGAGCAGGAGUUCUUGUCCGAGGAGGCGGCGCGCUGGCUUUUCUGGCAGGUGCUGUAUGCCGUGCAGCACUGCACGGCCUGCGGCGUCCUGCACCGGGACAUCAAGCCACAGAACCUCCUCGUGAACCCGGAGACUGGCGAGCUGAAGCUCAUCGACUUUGGUUGCGGCACCUUCCUCCAGGAGCGGGCCUUCACAACAUUUGCGGGAACACGCGCGUACUGCCCACCCGAGUGGAUCGGCCUUGGCUGCUACCACGGCCACACGGCGACCAUCUGGUCCCUGGGUGUGCUGCUGUAUGUCAUGGUCUGCGGGGACCUGCCCUUCUGGGAGGACCGUGACAUCGUGUGGGGGCAGCUCUUCUUCAGGCAGCAGGUCUCUCCAGAGUGCCAGCAUCUCAUCCGCUGGUGUUUGUCCAAGCACCCCGCGGACCGGCCACUGCUGGAGCAGAUCCUGCAGCACCCUUGGGUGUGGGGCGGGCGUCUUUGAUGCCUUGCCCGAGCCUCUGCAGCACCCACUUACCGAGUCCCACGCAGGACUGAGGGCCUGAAAAAUAAAACAACCACCAACCCAUUCCAGGCUGUCAAGUCUGGUCCUU